CGCACUUAGCUUCUUUGAUCACAAAGUCAUAGCGUUCUGAGAGGCCUGCAAACCGGCAAACGAAGUCUUCCUUGGUGGCAAAAUGCCUUCAUAUAGGGUGUACGACAACGGACAGCUCACUGCUGAAUACACAACACACGUCGGCGGGAGAAUUACGGCCACAUACUACAUCAAAAUCACAUCUCACGACGAGAUUGCCAGAGCGAGGGGCGAUAUACAAGACAAUCCGAAUACGACGGUGUACUUAUGGCGCAUGGAUUCUACUACAAACGAAAAUGUCAUUUGGAGGCAGGUCCCGAAGACUGAGGGCGCGCUCACACAGGAUGAGUACGAUAUAGCCAUGGACGAAAUCGAUAGACAAACGCGGGAACAAAAAGCCUCGACCCCUGAAUCCUAUACGCCUCCAACUACUCAAUAUAACACAUUUCAGGAGAUGGGCAUUCCAACUUACAACACGCAAGGCGUGCUCAUUGCUCAACCGGCUGAGGUUAGCAAUGCUCAGCUCAUAGGGGAAGACAACAUGCACGAAACUCAGCGCUGGAGACCUGAUCAGACAUUCGAUAAGAGGCGAGGAUACUCAUACAAAUAACACUGUAGUAGAAAUACACAGAAGUAGCAUGUGUGUAAUUUAGAGAUUUUAGAGAUAAGAACAUAACAAGGCAGCGUAGCUACAGUACACAAAUAAGCAAUAAUAAAAAGCAAAGCCUUACUACCCUACAGCUAUAAAUAGCUUAAUAUAACAAUUAGCUAGAAGCUAAAGUAAGCUAUAAAUACAAAUUUUGAUAAAUUGCUAGAGGUAC